UUUCCAACAGCAGGGCCAGGUGAGCCAUUCUGGUUCAAAGAUGGACUGAUGAAAGUUGGAAUGACCUUACAUCUCUGGAGCGUGCUUCCUGCUGGUGCUCUCCUACCCUUACAAUUUGUCCCUGCUUUACGUCGUCGAUACACGUACAUGCACAAGCUUAAUGGACGUUUGCUUCUAGUGCUCCUCAUGAUGGGCAAUCUCACAGCAUUGACCAUCGCACCCAAGAGCUUUAGUGGCACAAUCACAACGCGGGCUGCCGUUAUCUUGCUCGCUUCCUUGACUACAGUCUCAACAUACAAAUCUUGGACCGCAAUCCGCAAUCUCCAUAUCGAUCAACAUCGCGCCUGGAUCUUGCGAACAUGGGCAUAUGCCGGCUCUAUUCUAACCAUGCGUUUCGUGAUGGCAGCUAUAGCCAUUUCCGUCACCGUAUUCUGCCCUGACCGCUACAGGGUCGUAACAACCUGCCAGGAAAUCCUCUUCAUGUACGACGAGCCAACGAGCUCGGAUCUUUUCGAUAGGUAUCCUUCUUGCUCAAAUAUCACAUCGUCAAGCGAGCCUGUAUAUGUAAUCGCAAAUGCUUCAAUGAAGUACGGAUAUCCAGAAGAGAGCGCUGCUAUUUUGGGGCUCGCAUUUGGAGUUUCAUCGUGGAUAGCGCAGGUCAUUCACAUCUUGGCGGUAGAGGUGUAUUUGAAUCUCACAAAGGACGAGGAUGAGCGCUUGAAGAAAAUCUCGGUGUUGAGGAGGAAGGCUGCAAGACUGGAGUAGGGGCAUCUUUUCUUAAUUCGUACAGAGAAUAUCAUGCUUAAAUAAGGGAAAAUCUCCCUCUAGUCCUAUAGACAAAGUCUCCUCCAUAACAUCCACCCAGACCGGUUUGCAGAUCUGCUCACAAGCACUUUCGAGCCAGACGAUGCCUACUAAUACAUUUUUGAUUUCUCGCCAACGCGUAAGAUGCGCUGAAAUGCACAAUCGCGAUAUGCGGGAUACAAACCACGGCUUAUGCGGUGUAUAGGAAGCUGCCGCACAACCGGUGAAUAAUAUCCAGAGUAACAGUCUUGAGAGAGGCCCAGACCACGCACUGAGAUUUAUAUGCUCCAGACUUGCCCGUAGCCUCCCAACCAUAUGCUCAAACAUUGAGGCUGUACAAGGAAGCUCCCGAAUGAUUA